GUGCCUGACAUACAGUACUAGCCUGACAAAUGCUUCAAUCAUUGCCGUUAAGAAUAGGCGUUAAUAAACCAUACAGAGGGCCUGGCAGAAAAUAUUGUCCUGCUUGCAGAAGCCGAAGUCCUGAUGGCAUCCUCCCUUCAUGAAAGUUCAUGCCAGCUCCCUUGUCGUCAACGUCCUUUUCUUUGUUUGUUUCCGAGCCAGUUCCAGAACACAGCAUUCACAGGGCGGCUUUUUCCCAGCUCGAUCAGGGAAACCAUGGCCCGCUAGCGAGCUUCCAUGAGUGCAUGGGCCAGUCGUCACUUCUACUUUCAGAGUUCCUCUGCUUGUUGAAGGUGGUCGUCCACAACAGGUACUCCCAAGUAUUCUUGGAUCGAGACGUCUCUCAAAACACGCAGUACAUCUCUAAUGCUUCCUAGACCAUCUAACGUUCCAUUUCAAGCGAUCUUAGGACCGUUCCAAGUUCGUGAUUGCCUGUUUCAGUAGUCUUGAGGCUCUCACGGUCAAUAAUCUCAUAGUUGCACUGCUUCUAGGGAUGGAGAGCUGAGACAGAGAGCUUAAACGGAGGCUUGAUACAGGAGGCUUGAAACAGGAGGCUUGAAACAGGAGGCUUGGUACAGGAGGCUUGAUACAGGAGGCUUGAUACAGGAGGCUUGAUACAGGAGGCUUGGUACAGGAGGCUUGAUACAGGAGGCUUGAUACAGGAGGCUUGAUACAGGAGGCUUGAUACCGAGCAUGGACGGUUGAGAUGCAUCCGAUGUCAAUUGGGCUUACAGAUGGUCCAUCGGAUGGCAGCAGCCUACAGACACCGGCCUAAGGUUCCGAAGAAACACCCAGUUGGGAAUUUCAGCAGCUCCCACGGCGCCUGAAGUUGAAUGGUCAGGACUUGGAGGAUCCAGAAGCAUUGAUGGAUCAAGAAAACUUGGUGAUGAACCUGGAGAGUUCAGAACGUCUGGUGAAUCAACUUCGCGGUGAGGGUGACCAAGGCUUCAUAGGGCAGGCAUUGGUGGACCACACAUUGGUAGGCUACCCAUCGGUGGACCAACCCCCAGCUGACACACGCGAUGAUGGUGCUGCCACAACACUGGACCAAGCAUUGCUGGACAAAACCUUGCUGCACCAGGACUCGCUGGACCAAGCAAUGAUGGACCAGGGAGUGCUGGACCAAGCAUUGCUGGAUCAGGGGUUGCUCGAUCAAACCUUGCUGGACCAAACCUUGCUGGACCAAACCUUGCUGGACCAAACCUUGCUGGACCAAGCAUUGCUGGAUCAGGGGUUGCUGCACCAAGCACUGCUGGAUCAGGGAUUGCUGCCUAGCAUUGCCAUGGAUCCGCCAUGGACCAUGAGAAACGCCAUGGCUCACAGCGACACCGACAUGGCUCUGCUUCAAGGAUCUAUUGCCACGGGUGCACUUGAGCCAAUAGUCACAGGCAGCGUCGCCACCCCUGGGCCACAGGGGCACAUGGUACUGCUGCAGGGAUCUACCACCGCCACAUGUGCACCUGAGCCAACAGGCACUGACAAUACCACCAAUCCUGAGCCACAUGGGCACACGACUCUGAUGCAUGGAUCUGCCACUGCCGCAGGUGCCUCUGUGCGAAGAGACACAGCCAGCACCGCCACCCCUGGGGCACACGAAAUCACAGCAGAAGAGAAUGUGGUGAUACUAGGGGGGUUGACGCUAGGGGACGUGACAGCAGAGGGGUUGAAAGUGCCUGCGGUUCUCAUAGGGAGAAUUGGCAGUGUGAGGAAGAGGAGGAGGCAGCAGAAGCAGCAUCCAUAUGAGGCACAAGUCUUGGCUGCUGUUGCCGCCGCUCCUGGCUCUGCUGGUUCUGCCCCUGUUGCUUCCGCCCCUGUUGCUUCUCCGGCCUCUCCUUCUGCUGCCUCUGCCUCUUCCCCUGCUGCUUCUGCCCCGUCUGCAUUUGCAGCAACCGCCACUACUGCUGAUGCUGCCUCUCCUCCCUCUGCUGCCUUUAUCGCCGCUCCUGCUACCUCUCCGGCUGCUGCUGCCUCUCCUGCUGCAACAACAAUGGCCGCAGCACUGCAGAAAAUAUCAGCGACAAUCCAGGAAAAGCAACGGCAAUCUACAGGAAUAGAACAGCAACAGCGGCAUCAGCAUCAUCAUCAGCAGCAGCCGGAGCAGCAACAGCAGCAGCAGCAACAACAACAACUAGCAGCAGCAUCGGCAGCACCAGACGCAGCUGGAGGCUCAUCCCCGUCAUGGAUGGUGCUAGAGCUGGGGAGGGGUGCGAAGGGUUGUGAAGAGGUGCUGCUGUAUGCAUGCCGGUUCUGCGGCAAGAGGUUCGCUCAACCACAGGGACUGGGAGGCCAUAUGAACACCCAUAGACGAGAUCGCGAGGCAGAGACCCUCCUCCAAACAACCCUGAAGCAUUCAUCUGGAGAGGCGACACAGCUGCUCGGGGUUCCUGUGCUGCCUGCUGCACAGGCACUCGGAACGCUGUUGCAGCGCCCUGAGACACAUAUUCAGUUACCUGGUCCGGUGCCAAUAAACCCCUCGGCCAGAUUCAGCCAUGAUAGAAGGGCAUUGUCCAGCCCCAUAUCUUCUGCUGCUGCUGCUGCUGCUGCUGCUGCUUCUUCUACUGCUGGGACCGGUGCUGGUGGCCUUCUGAGAUGAAGCCUGGAUUUUCCCCUGGUCUAACCGCACCUUCACCCGGUAGGGCCAAACCUUCUCCUAGUCUGGAUGGACCUAUUUGUCAGGCAUGGUACCAACAAACCCCCGGUGCAAGCUUGGCAGCGUACCUUGGGAUCAAAUCUCCAGAAAACGUUCCACAAGAAGCUUCAGAAGGCUCUCCGAGGCAAAACCGUUCCGUAGGCCGUUCUAGAGAAGUGUCUUCAGGAGGGGAUCUGCCCGGCCAAGAAGGUUUUUGGAAGGUGUCGCGGGAGGAGCAAGGGAUACAGGUAGAGUUAGAGGAGCUUCAAAGGGAGUGGCGGAGACAGCUGGCUGAGAGGAGGAGGGUUAUGCAGCUUCAAGGA